AUGUCCCGAAUUCUUGGUUCCCUUGCGCUGGCUACGUGGGCAGUGUCCACGAUCGCAUCCCCCGUUGCCCAGCCCGCCAUUACUGAGGCCCCAAGCCUCGCUAAGAGAGCCAGCAGCUGCACCUUCUCCGGAUCCAGCGGUGCUGCAAGUGCAAGCAAGUCCCAGAAGUCUUGCUCAACUAUUGUUCUGUCGGAUGUCGCUGUGCCCUCCGGAACAACCCUCGACCUCAGUGAUCUAGAGGAUGACACCACCGUCAUCUUCGAGGGUGAGACCACCUGGGGAUACGAAGAGUGGGACGGCCCUCUUCUCCAGAUCAAGGGCACUGGAAUCAAUGUCAAGGGUGCCAGCGGCGCCAAGCUGAACCCCGACGGAUCCCGCUGGUGGGAUGGCGAGGGAGGCAACGGCGGUGUCACUAAGCCCAAGUUCUUCUACGCCCACGACCUCAGCUCGUCCACCAUCACGGAUCUCUACAUUGAGAACACCCCUGUUCAGGCUGUCAGCGUCAAUGGAUGUGAUGGACUGACCAUCACUGAUAUGACCAUCAACAACGAGGCUGGUGACUCCGCUGGCGGUCACAACACUGAUGGCUUCGAUAUUGGUUCUAGCAGCGAUGUUACCAUUACUGGUGCUACCGUCUACAACCAGGACGACUGUGUUGCCAUCAACUCCGGUACCGGCAUUACUUUCGAGAACGGUCUUUGCUCUGGCGGCCACGGUCUUUCCAUUGGAUCUGUUGGUGGUAGAGAUGACAACACUGUUGAGACUGUUACCUUCAAGGGUUCCACCGUCAAGAACUCUGUCAAUGGUAUUCGCAUCAAGGCUAAGGAAGAUGAGACCGGCACAAUCAAGAGUGUCACUUACAGUGAUAUCACCCUGGAGUCCAUCUCCGACUACGGAAUCCUCAUCGAGCAGAACUACGAUGGCGGUGAUCUUGACGGUGGCACCCCCUCCACUGGCAUCCCCAUCACUGACCUCACCAUUGAGAACAUCACUGGAACUGAUGCUGUUGACUCCGACGGAUACAACAUUGUCAUCGAAUGCGGUGAUGGUUCUUGCUCUGACUGGACCUGGUCCGAUGUUGCUGUCACUGGUGGCAAGACCUACAGCUGCGAGAACGUGCCCAGUGGUGCUAGCUGCUCUUAA